AUGGCAGUAUUGGUAAUGAGCGGUGGCGAUGAGGAGCAAAAAGUAGAAUCCUUACAACCAACAAGCAGGCAGGAUCAAGAUGAAGGUGGCACGACAAGCGAGACGACACGCCCUUCCAGUGGCGACGCUGCACCUGAUGGAGAACCAUCUUCCCCAGGUGAGGGAGGUACGCAAGCAAGCCACGCUGAUCUCGGAAAUGCAGAAGGAGGUGAGCAAGGUGGAAAGAUUACGAAAGAUGCAAGCUCAACGUCUUUGCCGAACAUCUACGUGCAUGCGAAACGUUGGGACGACGUCGGGGCAAAUGGCGGCUACUAUCGUGUUCUGCUGAUAGAAGGCGAUCCUUCUCGUGUUAAAUACGUGCACGAAUCUAGAGGCUUUGCCAUUCUCUUCGAUGAAGACGCAAAACAGUGGAGACUCGCUUCAACUGGAGGUGGUGAAGGAGACACCGCGUCAUCAGGCACUAGCGAAGAGAAAACAUUGGAGCAAAAAGAGACUUCGGCGUCAAGUCCUCCCAAGUACGGAACUACAGUCCUCGCUCGCACCGAAGCACUCGAGGCUCAGGGGGCUGAGGAACUUGCUCUGCCGACAAGUGAGAACUGUAAUUGGAACUACGAAGGGACUGAGCAGCAAUAUGGUGAGGCGAAGCCCUAUUUUGGGAGAACGCGGCCGCGAGAGCUGACGUCACCAGCUGGAGGAGCAAGUUACGUCGAGGGGAAUAGCACAUCUUCAGACUCAGCGUUAGGAUCCUUUUCCAACAUUGAAUAGAAUCGAGGACAGUAAUAUUCUUGUUCUGUCGUAUGAAUUUUGAUUUGUACUGCUUUUUUCUUUCAUAGAGCUGUGGAAGAGUCGGGCAAAGAUGUCGGUGAACAAUCUGCAGAUGAGGGAAAGAGUGGCUUAGCGGUCGGGGCGAAUGGCGGUUCUCAGGAAAAUCGACGGACUCGUCAUGCUCGAGAGUCUUCUGAUACAGGCGGCCACUUUUUCGCGUUGGCCUUGAAAGUUCGAAUGUAUGGAACAUGCAGAUUUGAUUUUCCAAAGGAACGCAGUCACCUCCGACCUAUUCACUUUCAUCAAUUUACAGUCGAAUUUGUUUUCGUGUGGCCUUGAUGUCCAUAAGCGUAGCGGCAUGAGUUUGUUUUUCAUACAUAGUUGUCCCAUUCUCCCCUUUCCUCUGUCCCCCAAUCAAUUUCCUGCGACCGAAGAAGCGAGCACGCUGCCAAACGAUAAGAAGACCGGCCCGGCAGUAUACGCGCGGGCACUCGAGGAAUUCACCCACUCAUCGAAGUCAACGCAAUUUGUACUUCGUUUAGAGUACGCUGACGGCCUUGAAGAGCAUCUCGUCUACGAUCCGCGAACAGCUGACGGCCGAACCGCGAUAAUGGCUGGUGGCGAGUCGAAGCCUCUAGGUCUAGGCCCAGACUUUGCUCCUGACCCUGCAGAAGUGGAGCUAAAAGCAGAUCGCACAUCUUAUGCUGAAACAGGAAACGUGCAUCAUAUUUAUAAGAUAAUGUUGAGAUGAAUCAAAUUUUAACAGAAGCCACCACCAUUUUGCAGUCCUGUCGCGGCUAUUGAAUUUGUUGUCUUCAAUAUCAAUCUUAUUGAAUUGGAGUAGGACUCGGAACUGGAGUAGGACACUCUCGUUCUAAGGUUCCUCUAAAGUCUUGCAGAUUCGGCAUUUGUUUUCGGAUGUAAAUACUCGGCGUGGCAGGAGCCCUCUCCACGUGUCUGCUCUGCGGUUUGUGGCGGCGGCGCAAGGCGGUUGAUUCGGGAGGUUUUGUUAAGAUUGGUCAUUUCUGUCGACUCUGAUCCAUUUUAGAUCUACUUCUCAGCCUUUCCAAAUUGGGUGUGGGGAUAGGUCCUCAGUAAUUUUCGUAGUAUUUCUUUGAGAUGUGUAAUCCCUCGUGAUGUUACAGGUGGGCCUGCUAGUCUCUCUAAUUUCAGCGGAGCCUUUGCAUUUUGUAGGGGAAGACGAUUUAAUGCUCUGCAGCUCUCCUCUUGGUAGGUGGGACAACGGCGCUGAAGAGGGAUCCGUUUGCAAUCUAUGUUGAAGGGUUCUUCUGUUUCCCAGCCUCACUUUAGGUUCGUCAUAUUUCUGCAGAGAGGACAUGAGAAGAUCAGCCAAUUCUCUUUGUGAAGAAGGACUACGUUCUGACUAUAAAUAAUUAUCAUGGAUUCCUCUGCUGCGUAAGAUAUUACGAAACUUGCCUGAUAUUUUCUAAGAAAUUCACAAGCCUGUAGCGGUGCGCAGAGCGGUUGCAUCCUCAGCGACUGGGUAAAAGAGAGACUGCCAUGCUCGGCUCCGUGUGGUGGGGGCUUUCAGAUGGAGCGACGCAUCUUACUAGCAGGCAACGAAGACGAGUGUCCUAGUGUAUGGCGUUGCAGUCAUUUAGUACCUCGUUUAAUAAAGAACAAAUUGUAUAAUUACUGAGCUUCGCAGUUCUGUAUCGAUUAAAAUGAAUCUGAGUAGUCACUUCUGUCAACACAGUGCUCGUUCUUGAUUGCGCUGUCGGCUCUUCAUAUCUGGUCCACGACUCGUCGCGAUUGCGGUACACGGUCUGCAACACUUAAGGCUGGCACAGUAGAACUCAAGGUGAUUAUCACGUCAAAUUUUGACCUCUCAUACUACAAGAGUGGUGAUGUUCACUUUCGUAGACGACAUCUGAAGACAAGCGAAGAGCUUGUUUCGUUACUUAUGAAAAAUUUUUAUCUAAGGUGUGGAACCAUGCGCACCUAUCUGCAAAGUGGCGCGGGAUACAGUGGCUCUACGUGAAGUAGGAUUGCCGACGCAGCCGGGUGCUAUGAUGUAGGUGGCUAAUCAAAUUAUUUUUGCGGUUUCAUCAUCUUAGACUGGUGAGAAGAGGUGGGUUACUUCACACUGUAGCUAUAAUAUGACGCGUAUGUUGUAGUGACUUUUGUUUUCUGCCGUUUCGAGAAAGCGGAAGCAUGGCGCUAAGAUUGCGAAAAUGUGGCACCUAUCUUGGUUACCCAAAGAGUAUCGAAGUAAGAUGGGUCGUGAGAAGCCACAGGUUGCUGAGAAUCAGCAAAUACAUACGGAAACCGAUGGAAGUGGGCAUGACUCGGAUGCUGGUAGUGAAGUUAGCGACGGGGAUUCUUCAUUUGUAGAAGAGACAGUCAACAACAUCAGGAGAAGAAAAUCGAAAGAACGCGUCGAUUUCACAAAGGUACAUGAGCAGAUUCCUCCGGUCGACGCGGCACUCGAUCCUAGCGCACCGGCUCCAGGCGACACAGGAGCAGGCAGCCAGAAUGACGAGAAAGCUGAGAAUGCAGCUGCGGAUGUUGUUGAUCCUGACAUGGAAACCUCGCUUGAUCAAGGGUAUGAAGCAUUUCUUCCGGUCUAGAAUUUCGUAAAAGAGUAAGCCGAAGUUUUACGCCUUGAAUGAUUGAAUAAGCUGACGUGGGAGUUGCACUAAGUAUCUUCUUGCAGCGUUCCUAUUUGUAAGUGCACAGUCAUUUUCACUGACUGGACUUCUGAACAAGGAUUUUUUCGUUUUCCUACUUUAGCUCUACGACCUUAUCCUAUUAAACAGCCUUUCCGCUAAUAUAGAAAGGUUGAUGGUGCUGAUAAGAGGUUCUUUUCGGGUGAGAGGCUCAAAGAGAUGAUUCCGUGGACCGAUUGUACGGAGUACUGCAUGGCUGACACGCAUUCCCCACCGACUCAAUAUUAAGGCUACAAUGUUGCUCAUCAAGGUUUGUGAUUAUGGAUUUGUGUGAUCAUAUGAGUUUAGUGGCAAGAAACUCUCUCUCUCUGGGAAAUGCUCUAAGAACGUUGGUAUUUUCCUAUGGUACAAAAAGACUUCACCAGUUUCGAAGGUCGAAAUAUCAUGCGAGGGGAACAGUUGCUUCCGACGAAAGAAAACGAUUUGCGACUCACAGAGGCAGAAGCUCUACAAUUCAUGACACGUAACUCCUUUUUGAAAAUUCUAGACAGACUUUAGUUCGUCAUGUAGUACUAUCUGUAUGUUUGUGUUGUUCUAGCGUUGCAGAUGGAAGCACGCAAGCGCAGCGCUUUGUCUCUGUAGCAGAAUAUUAGACACACACACUCACAGCAUCCGGCCCCUUCAAUGGUAUGGAUGUCAAUAGUGGCAAAUUUUGUCCGAUUUGGUGGCAAAAGCGGCUGUGCAAUCUCCACAGAUGUGGUGACUUUAGAGUUUUUCCUCAUGACCAGCGUUUCGCACCUUUCUCGCGCCUCCGCUUUCCACGCGAAGCAGAUUGGCUCGAAUCUGUUUUGAUAUUUUUAUGUACCUAGUGUUAGUCCCAAAUUAAAUGGAGUAGGUCUUUACAGCAAGCUCAUGUUGAUUUCUAUACUGAGCCGAGUUAAGUACUAUUUUUUCCAAAGCUACCGACAUGGAGAUGUGAAUCCGGAACCAGAUAGACAUCAAAUUUUCUAAGAAAUUCGGUUCGAAAUCCGCAGACAUCAAAAAUUUUAGUCCAGGCACCGAAAGGCUUCAACUUCGCUCAUUCUAGCUGGGGUGAGCACGACUGUGUCUUUUCUCUCGAUGCCUGGCGUGCCUUAGGGCAUCACCAUACAUCGUCGACCGCGAGCAACGUACCCUGUGAAGUCCUUUGUCCGUCGCGAAGAGUGGACAAGAACGGUCAACAGAAAGGAUGUAGACAGUUUCGCGUCUCCCUUGAACGACCGCUAAUUAUGGUUGAGGUGUUGGCCAAUCUUUCUACUUGACCUGUUAUUCGUAAAUUCUAUUGGUCCUAUGUGACUUUGUCAAGUAGAGAAAAAAUAACGCGCGGAUAUACUAGUUAGUAAAAAUAGGCGCAUCCUGGUACUACUAACAAACGGCCUAACUGAAACAAGUACGUCUUUUUGGGACAUUGUGUCAAGCCAUGUCUAAGUUACGCACAGCCUCGAGCUACAAGUGGCAGACGAGGUAUACAUUACGAAUCUGGGUGCAAUUUCCACAGAAUUUAGAGAAGACACGUGAUAAUACGUGGACCCUGGUGCUGUCGGACGUGAGCAAUAGGCAAGUUCAGAGAAUCGAGACGCCGGGAAUUCCUUACAAUUACGCCAGCUGUACAAAAUGUUUUCAGUUUUCCUACUGUAGAAAGAGUUGAGCACUUAGAGUUUUGCUAGGAGUAAGUUACAAUCAUAUUUGAGAAUCCAAACACGAUAGAACCGUGGUUCUCUCCUUCGAUGUUCGCUUUUUCUGAGGAAAAUCUAGUUGCGCUUGGUCAGUUGGUGUGACAUUGAUCAACUCUUUCUUCUAAUACAACAAAGAAACAUUGAAACCAUUCCGAGCUCAUGGCCCGCUCGCAGUGAUUCCGCAUGGUGGCCCGGCUGAUAACGAGGUUCGGCGGGAAUUUCGGCAGAGCAAAGACGAAGGCCGCAUCACUAUGGAGGGAAGUCGUGCGGAACUGUAGGUUGCGACUACUUGACAGGAAACGGAGAAGAUCAAAGAAUCCUGUGUGUGAUAGAAUGUGACACAGUUUCGUUGGAUUGUCAUAGGUACGAAUAAUGCAAGAACGAAUCUUCUGAUUAACAAUCAACUACAAGAAAAAGUUUAAGAAAAUGCCGGCUAGAUUUCGCAAGAAUUAAAGAUUGUCACUUGUUCACCAAUUUGUAAGAACAUCAAGGCAGAUACAUAGCUAGCGUUCUGCGACACAGGGUCUUCGGACAAAAGCCUUUGGUGCACAAUAGCAACGUGACUCCGAAGAUGGUAUUCAGUCGAAUAAGAAGUAAGAUUGGUAU